UAUUGUUUGGCCCUAGUGUAGUCAUCACUGACCGCUUUUGACACCACACAACCUCACUAAGGUCGAAUUCAGGCAUCCCCUUUAUCCACCAAACUUUGUGCCAAUUUGAUUUGACUGUAAAGGAGCUAGUGCAUAGUGGGCAAAGCAAAUGUUGAAAAUAACCCAUGUAAAUGGUAUGUUGACAUCUAUUUAAGGCAUCAUUUCAUAGUUGUUGGUAUCAGUGAGUGAAAUUGCAGUAUAUACAGAGAAAGCUCAACCUCUAGUUCCAUUUCACAACUCUUCCUCUUAUCUCUCGUGUUUCACUCAUUACAUUCUUGACAAUUGCAACACAGCUUGCCAUGAAGUUCCUGAAUACACAAAGCAUGAGAAGAAUCCCGUUGUUGAGGCAGGGGAAGAGAUCAAUUCCUAGCAGCACAUCAGCGGCUGCCAUGGCGUCCAUUGUUGACAGGAAGACAAAGGUUUCGUUCGGUAGCCGCAGGAGGAGUAGUAGGUAUGUCCCUACGCGAUGGGUUUACAAGCUGAGGGCGCAGUGGAAGCGGGCUAUCGGCUGGCAGCAGAAGGGCAGCAACAGCAGCAGUUCACAGUUCAGCUAUGACAUCCGUAGCUACGCUCUCAACUUUGAUGAUGGUGGUUGCCUUGAUCAGGUCCUUAGAAGUCACGUUAUUUCUAGAUGACAAGCUUGGAGCUUUGAUCUCAAUUCUUCUUCCUCUUCCUCUAGCAAUAAGACAGAGUCGGUACUCUUGGGAAUCAGAUCAUUUGUAUAGUAUGUAAGGGUAUAUGUUUAGCAGCUUCUACGGCCAAAGUUCAAAAAGGCGCUAGACGUAAGGCGGACGUUGAGUCUUUGCCUAGCGACUAGUUCGCCUAGGCAUAGAUUAAGCGUGCUUAGGCGUUCGAAGAAAAAAGCUAUUCACACUACAUGAUGAAUGAAAUAAUAAUUUACAA